GCGCGCCGGCGGCUUCCGGUCUGCUCCCCUCGCCUCCUGCUUGGCCGCGGCUUUCGGGGCUCGGCGGUGGCGCUGCGGGGCGGCGGGGCCUGGUGUAGUGCGGGGAGGUGAGUGCCCGAGUGGGGCCCCCGCGAGCCAUGGCCUGCGCCAUUGUCCAGUUCUGCUACUUCCAGGACCUGCAGGCCGCCCGGGACUUCCUCUUCCCUCACCUGCGGGAGGAGACCCUCAGCGGCGCCGCGCGGCUGGACCCCAGUAAAUCAACAAACUGGGAAGAUGAUGGUUGGGGAGCAUGGGAAGAAACAGAACCCCAAGAACCUGAGGAAGAAGGAAAUACUUCCAAAACACAGAAAACUUCUUGGCUUCAAGAUUGUGUUUUAUCCUUAUCUCCAACCAAUGAUCUUAUGGUUAUAGCUCGGGAGCAAAAAGCUGUAUUUCUAGUGCCAAAAUGGAAAUACAGUGAUAAAGGAAAGGAAGAAAUGCAAUUUGCUGUUGGUUGGAGUGGUUCUUUAAAUGUUGAAGAAGGGGAAUGUGUAACGAGUGCUCUGUGUAUCCCAUUAGCAAGCCAGAAGAGGAGUUCCACUGGACGUCCUGACUGGACCUGCAUUGUGGUGGGUUUUACUUCAGGUUAUGUACGCUUCUACACUGAGAGUGGUGUGCUCUUGCUUGCACAGCUGUUGAAUGAGGACCCAGUGCUGCAGCUCAAAUGCAGGACCUACGAAAUCCCCCGGCAUCCUGGUGUGACCGAGCAGAAUGAAGAGUUGAGUAUCUUAUAUCCAGCUGCCAUUGUGACUAUUGAUGGAUUUAGCCUUUUUCAAUCUCUUCGUGCUUGUCGAAAUCAAGUAGCAAAAGCUGCAGCAUCAGGCAAUGAGAACAUACAACCACCACCAUUAGCUUAUAAGAAAUGGGGUCUACAGGAUAUUGACACUAUUAUUGAUCAUACCAGUGUUGGUAUUAUGACUCUAUCCCCUUUUGAUCAAAUGAAGACUGCUUCCAAUAUAGGUGGAUUUAAUGCUGCAAUUAAAAACAGUCCUCCUGCCAUGUCUCAGUACAUCACUGUAGGAUCCAAUCCAUUCACUGGCUUCUUCUAUGCGUUAGAGGGAAGCACACAACCAUUAUUAUCUCAUGUUGCGCUAGCAGUUGCAAGUAAACUCACUUCUGCUUUAUUUAAUGCUGCCAGUGGUUGGCUUGGCUGGAAAAGUAAACACGAAGAAGAAGCUGUCCAAAAGCAAAAGCCAAAGGUUGAACCAGCUACCCCAUUAGCUGUCAGAUUUGGACUUCCAGAUUCUAGACGCCAUGGUGAAAGCAUAUGUCUAUCUCCAUGUAACACACUGGCAGCUGUAACAGAUGACUUUGGCAGAGUUAUUUUAUUGGAUGUAACUAGAGGAAUUGCCAUACGCAUGUGGAAAGGGUACCGAGAUGCACAAAUUGGAUGGAUUCAAAUUGUAGAGGACCUCCAUGAAAGAGUACCAGAAAAGGUGGAUUUUUCCCCUUUUGGAAAUACUCAAGGUCCAAGUCGAGUAGCUCAGUUCCUUGUGAUCUAUGCGCCAAGAAGGGGAAUUUUAGAAGUGUGGAGCACACAGCAGGGACCUAGAGUAGGAGCUUUCAAUGUAGGAAAGCACUGCAGGCUACUGUAUCCUGGCUAUAAGAUAAUGGGCUUAAAUAAUGUUACCAGUCAGAGCUGGCAGCCACAGACUUACCAGAUCUGUCUUGUUGAUCCGGUGUCUGGAAGUGUGAAGACAGUGAAUGUUCCUUUCCAUUUGGCACUGAGUGAUAAGAAGAGUGAACGAGCGAAGGACAUACACUUAGUGAAGAAACUAGCAGCCUUACUGAAAACAAAAUCUCCCUAUCUUGAUUUGGUUGAAACAGAAAUAAAGGAAUUAAUUCUCGAUAUUAAGUACCCUGCCACCAAAAAACAAGCUUUGGAAAGCAUUUUGGCAAGUGAACGUUUGCCAUUUUCCUGCCUUAGAAAUGUCACUCAGACAUUAGUGGACACUUUAAAAAAUCAAGAGCUUGAGUCUAUUGAUGAAGGAUUGCUACAGUUUUGUGCCAAUAAACUGAAAUUGCUGCAUCUUUAUGAGUCUGUCAAUCAAUUAAAUUCCCUUGAUUUUCAUUCAGACCCACCAUUCGCUGAUAAUGACUUGGCUGUGUUACUAAGGCUUGAUGAAAAAGAACUGCUUAAGCUCCAGGCAUUGUUAGAGAAAUAUAAGCAAGAGAACACCAGGACUACUGUCCGAUUUUCUCAUGAUAAGGAUGGGGUGUUGCCUGUAAAAACAUUCCUGGAAUAUUUAGAAUAUGAGAAAGAUGUGCUCAACAUAAAGAAGAUAAGUGAAGAGGAAUAUGUGGCGUUAGGCAGUUUCUUUUUUUGGAAGUGUUUGCAUGGAGAAAGCUCCACUGAGGAUAUGUGUCACACUUUGGAGUCUGCUGGACUUAGCCCUCAGCUGUUGUUGUCUCUGCUCCUGAGUGUCUGGCUUUCUAAGGAAAAAGAAAUUUUGGAUCAAUCACAGUCUGUCUGCUGUCUUCACACAAUGCUGUCCCUCCUGAGCAGGAUGAAAGUGGCCAUCGAUGAGACCUGGGAUUCCCAAUCGGUGUCCCCUUGGUGGCAGCAAAUGCGCAUGGCCUGUAUUCAGUCUGAGAACAAUGGAGCUGCUCUGUUAUCUGCACACGUUGGACAUUCUGUUGCUGCACAGAUAUCGAACAAUAUGACAGAGAAAAAAUUUUCCCAAACAGCUUUGGGUGCUGAUUCAGAGGCCCUCACUGAUUCCUGGGAGGCCCUUUCUCUUGACACUGAAUACUGGAAACUCCUGCUGAAACAACUGGAGGAUUGUCUCAUACUUCAGACUCUGCUUCAUAGCAAGGGGAAUGCUCAAACCUCCAGAAUGUCAUCGCUGCAGGCUGAGCCACUUCCAAGGCUUUCUGUUAAAAAAUUAUUAGAAGGAGGGAAAGGUGGCAUUGCAGACCAUGUAGCCAAGUGGAUAUUUAAACAGGACUUCAGCCCUGUACUAUUAAAACUGGCUGCUAAAGAAAGAGAUGUAGAAAACCCAGAUGAACCCAAAGAAGGUAUUAACAGAGGUUUCCUGGAGGUGUCAGAGGUGGAGAUGGACUUAGGAGUCAUACCAGACCUACUGCGUUUAGCCUACGAGCAGUUUCCUUGUAGCCUUGAGCUGGACGUGCUGCACGCACAUUGCUGCUGGGAAUGUGUCGUGCAGUGGAAUAAAGACCCAGAGGAAGCACGUUUUUUUGUUAGAUCAAUAGAACAUUUGAAACACAUUCUUAAUGCACAUGUUCAGAAUGGCAUUGCGCUGAUGAUGUGGAAUACAUUCUUAGUUAAAAGGUUUUCCGCUGCUACAUACUUAAUGGAUAAGGUUGGAAAAGCACCAAAGGAUAGGUUAUGCCGAAGGGAUGUGGGGAUGAGCGACACAGCAAUGACAUCUUUCCUUGGCUGCUGUUUGGAUCUUCUUCAGACUUUAAUGGAGGCAGAUGUUAACAGGGAUGAAAUGCAGGCACCUGUCCUGGAUACUGAGGAUGCCUGGCUUUCUGUGGAAGGACCGAUCUCAAUAGUGGAGCUAGCCCUUGAACAGAAGCACAUCCAUUACCCACUGGUGGAACACCAUUCCCUCCUGUGCUCUGUCCUGUACGCAGUCAUGAGGUUUUCUCUAAAGACUGUGAAGCCACUUUCACUUUUUGAUAGUAAGGGAAAAAAUGCAUUUUUCAAAGACCUAACUUCAAUUCAGUUAUUACCUAGUGGGGAAAUGGAUCCAAAUUUUAUUUCUGUACGACAACAGUUCUUAUUGAAAGUUGUUAGUGCAGCUGUCCAGGCCCAGCAUUCAGGUGCAAAGGACAAAGAUUCCUCAGAAGAAGCAGUGACCACUCCUUUUGGGAAAGACCAAGAUUGGCCAGUUCUAGCCGUGGAUUUAGCCCAUCACCUUCAAGUUAGUGAAGAUGUUGUUAGAAGGCAUUAUGUGGGGGAACUUUAUAACCAUGGAGUUGACCACUUAGGAGAAGAGGCCAUUCUACAGGUUCAUGACAAAGAGGUCCUUGCCUCUCAGCUGCUGGUGUUGACAGGACAAAGGCUGGCUCAUGCACUGCUCCACACCCAGACAAAAGAAGGCAUGGAGCUACUUGCCAGACUCCCCCCCACGCUCUGUACUUGGCUGAAAGCAAUGGACCCCCAGGAUCUUCAAAACACUGAAGUGCCAAUUGCAACAACAGCUAAACUAGUAAAUAAAGUAAUUGAGCUUUUACCAGAAAAACACGGGCAGUAUAGUCUAGCCUUACACCUCAUUGAAGCUGUGGAAGCCAUCUCUCUUCCUUCUUCCUGACACUUAUCUACUGAAGAUAGUCUGAAAUUGUGUGACCUAGUGCAUGGCUAUUUUACAUAGUGAGAUCUGGAAUUUUAUGGAGGGAGUAUUUUUUUUUUUUUUUCUUUUGUAAAAUGAAAAUAUAUAUUACUUUUAAAAAGUGCCGUCCUGGCUAAAUUCGACUCCCCACUCCUUUGGUUAAUACUGAAGAUAAAAUAUAAACAAAUAUCUAUUGUACUAUAAUUACAAAUACAGAUGUUUUACUGUUUAUUUCUAACUCAAACACUUAAGUAGCAUUAUUGUUAAACUUUACUAUUUAAAAUUGGUUAUAAUUUACAGACUGUGUUAUUAUGAGAUUCUAUAUUUCUUAUCUAAAAUGUUAUUGCUGUAAUUAAAUUUAAAUGUGUUCAUGUACAGUCCCCAUCAGUAAAGUUAGAGAAACAUCCCACUCCCUUUAAUAAAUGUUAAGAAAAUGCUUUUGUUACACAUGCUUCAUCCCAUUCUGGGCUGCCACCUGGGGGUUCUGGAUGCUGACAGGUUCCUUGUCCAGAGGCUCUGCUGUUGCCAUCAGAGAAGGAUGACCUUGCUUGAGGAGGAAGAAUGGGUUCAAGGUCAUCAUAUUCAUCAGAAGGGACACUAAAUAGAUCCUGUAACCUGUUGUUCUUGCCAAAACUGAGCAUCUGAGAUGCAAACAACACAGCAAAAUUCAUUAUAAUGUAAGUUAAGAUUUGUUUUUUGCCACCUUGCAAAGUUGUAUUCACAUCACGUAACUGUAAAAAUAUAUUAUCUUGUAAAACUUAUGUAAAAAAAAAAAGCAAAGAUACUAAAAAUUUUAAGUCCAACUUUAUUUUUCCUACAAGUGUUUAGAAAUGUGUGUUUCUGGGAUUUGGUAGUUAUUUGUCCUUGGGAACAGUACAGAAAAAAAUGCUUAGUGGUAUUACAGCUUUAGCAAACCUACCUCACAGCUGGGUUGAGAGGAUAAAAUACAAUUAAUUUUGUACUCUACAGGACCUAGAGUAGUAGUCCAAGUCCUAAUAUUGAUUAAAGCCAGACUAACCAAAACUCUGUAAAAAGUGCUUUGAGCCCUACAAGUACCACGUAUUUAUUAUGGUAUCACUUUGGAAUGUAGCCACACAGUGCAAUUAUUAUCUGUCAUGGAUCACAAUUGUCACUCAUAGUAACUCACUGUGAUACAGAAGUUUGUUUCUUCCCUUUCUUUUAAGAAGUCAACUCUAGCAAUUAUACAGUUAAGGAGUAUGUCCUUAGGGAGAUAAAGAAAAAAAAUGUCUGAUAUUUGAGCUAAAAGAUAACAUCCAAAUAAGAACUUAACUGGCUAAAACACAACUACUAUUUAAGUAACUUGUCAAAUUUAAAAUCUUGAAAGAUAAAUUUUUAAGAUGUCUUGAUUAUUUGGGGUGGGGACCUGUGAGUCUGAUUGAAGCACAUGUUUUGUAGAGUAGCAGCACUGGAAAGGGCCUUAAGGUAGUCCAACUUCCUAGGCUCCGCUCGGAUCUCCACUACCCCAGCCAGACACAUUGUAGAAUCCUUAUAAACACAUCUAGCUUUAUAUAGUCACUUAUAUGUGUUCUGAAAGAUUAGUUCUUCCUGUGAUUUUUCUGAAUACUCUGAAAAUAGUAUGAAUUUAGGAGGCUGGUCAAAGAAACUGGGAGUUAUAGGCAUUAUUAAAAGUUAAAUCCUCGAUUCCAUUAUCACUUUUUGGGGGGGGAGAAUUUAUUAAGCAUUUGAGAUAAUAAAACUGGUUAAACUUACUCUGGUAGGACAUACAAUCAAAUCUGGGGAUUGCUGAGAAUAAUAAGCUGAAAUAUGACUCAGAACCAUAAUGUAAAUCAUUGAAUCUCUAGUUAGAUUUGUUAUCCUAAAAUUUAACAUUCAUAGAAUUUUAAAAUUGAAUUCUAAGUUUUAUGGUUAAGAAAAGCAAAGUAUUUUACUGCUUCAUCAAGGUUUAUUAAAAUAAAUCUGAUAGAUAGAUAUACAUUCUGUAACAAUGAAGAGCCUCAGAUAAAGGAAUUAGAUUUUAUGUGGAUUUUAUCUCCUGAAAAAAAGGUAUGUGGCACUCACUGCAACUACUGAUGAAAAGCCAAUAACCGGUCGUGUUUCCUAGAUGGACUCCCACCCCUCACAUGUCUUUCUUCAACACUGAAUACACAUUUUUUACCUUGUUAAAUUAAUGCUUAUAUAAGAAAGUAAAAGUGUUAAAAUAAUCAUAAGUUCUACACUACAGGUUGUGUUUAGAUAUAGAACUAGAGGGAGCCAGAAUAAAUGUAGAUGAAGAGAUGUAUAGCACCAUGCUUCUAAAUGCUUCACACUUAGGCAGAAAGAAAAAGAAAAAAUUUCACCCUUGAUAUAGAAGUUCAUCUAAGGUCAAAGUAAACACUUACAGUUAAAUUGCUUUUUUAAAAAAACAUGAUUAAUUGCAAUUUAAAAUCACAAAAAAAUGAGAGGUAAUAGAAUUACAUUACAUUGAAUAUAAUGUUCACUUAGAAGUUACUGUGGUCCAUUUCAUUUAUGAGAUAAAUAUUUUUACAGUACAAGGGUACUUUAAAAAGUGUGUGGAAAAAUGGAAUUAAUAUGAAUCUUUCCAUGAACUUUUUCCUCCCCUGCACUACAGCAACAGUGAAAGCCCUCUCACCCUGCCCAAUAGGAAUGGGUUUGCUGGGCUUCUAAAAGUUAGAUUUGUGCUGAAAAGAAUUAAUAACCACCCUUAGAGAGAUUUUAGUCCAACACUAAAUUGUUUAUAAAAUGCUCUAUUAUUUUAUUGUAAAAUGUAAGCCGUGAAAUUCUGUAUAUAUUGCUAUUUUCUCUCUGUUCAUUGUGUGAAUUUAUGUAAA